GUUUAUGCAUCUCUCUAAAUUUUGUCAUCCUCAUAGUGAUGUCGGACGCGAACCUUGCAGUGACAUAUUCUUUAAUCUAUGCAUUUCUCAAACAGCAGUCCCAGACAAAAGCAGCUGAUGCUGUACAGAAAGCUGCAAGGAGCACCAUCGUCUUAAAGGAUGAUUUGCAGCUCGAGGGUCCACCUUUGGAUGAGAUAGUCAAGCAAUGGAAAGAGUCGCAUGCUAAUGACAGUUCUUCUGACUCCGACUCUUCAGAUGAUUCCUCUGACGGUGCGUUAUACCAAUCAUGCACAAACGGGCUUCGAUAUGUAAUUCUGGGCAGACUCCUCGACAAGUUCUAGCUCUGAUUCCAGUUCCAGUUCAUCCGAUUCAACGUAUGUUGUCGAGACGUAUAAUUUAUCUUGCUCACAAGUCAGCAUAAAGUUCAGGGGAUGACGCAGGCAUGUAUAUUUUGUUCUCCCUGUGGGUUGCCGCCUCACGACCACAGAU